UGGUACCUCUUUUGUGAAGCGGCAGCUAAGGAGACUCCAGUGCUCACCAUGGCUGAUGAAAAGCCCAAGGAAAGAAUCAAGACGGAGAACAAUGAUUGUAUUAAUUUGAAGGUGGCAGGGCAGGAUGGUUCCGUGGUACAGUUUAAUAUUAAGAGGCAUACACCAUUUAGUAAACUAAUGAAAGCCUACUGUGAACGACAGGACACACCUGCACAGCUGGAAGUGGAGGACGAAGAUGCAAUUGAUGUGUUCCAACAGCAGACAGGAGGUGUCUGUCUACUAAAGAGGGAACCUGCUACUUUACUCCAGAAUUCUGUUCCUCCAGACCAAGAAGACAUUCUCAAUUCGAAAACUGCAAUUCAGUUCCACCACACCCUGACUACUACAGUAUAG